AUGGACUGUGGAAGCGCUGGAACGGCUGCGGGGAUAGACCCCAAAAUUCUCGAUAAUUGGCAAACCGACGGGGCAUUUUCUGUCGCGUCGUGGGAACAUCUGGGUUACGAACAACCUCCCGAGUGGGAUACCAGUCAGGAUUCCAGCCAGUGCGACGUCGCGGACCUAGGGACCUUCCAUGAUCCGCUGACAGGCUCGUUGCUAGAUCGCUCAGGUGAUCGUCAACGUCCGGAUACCCGAAAGCGAGAUGUGACCACUGGGAACUUCAACUACGAUGGUGCCGGCGAGGGCACCGGGAGUGGCACGGUGAGUCCUCGGACGAUGCCCUCCUCGACCGAUGACAACUAUCACGCCGAAGAGACGUGGCCUCACUUCCAGCUUUUCAACUCGGUCGCGGCUGGGAUGCCGCUCGAGACGCCUAUCAUGUACCCAUACGGCAAAGCCCCGACCCCGUCAAAUGCCGCUGUGAUUGUGGAGGAUAUGGGUGAAAUGCCCCAAGGACAGGGAUUUCCGGAUACGCCGGCUGAGGCCAUGAUGUUCCAGCAGAUGCCGCAAUCUUUCCCCAUAAUUCCAGAACAGUGGGAGAUUCCCCAUGGGAUCUCCAUGGAGAAUAUUCCUGGCCAAGGAACGAUCCCGCUGUCGAUUGAUAACCAGAACAAUGGCAAAGAUCAUCAAUCACUUCGCGAGUUCCAGCAGCCUUCGAUCCGAUCGCUCGAGUCACGCUGGCUCAACAACUUGGAGUCACAGUUACCGGUCUCUCAGAUGACCCCUCCAUCCUUGAUGGCAUCGCAGAAACGCGGCCAGAUUGGACAUGAUGGGUUCCACUACAAGUCUGAGAGUUCGUCUGUCUCGGGCGAUAUGUCUGGAAUCUACGAGUGCUCGUACUCUGUGACGAGUGAAGACCCACCGAAUUUUGUGGAGCACCAGAUUGAUGAUUCUGCUCAGUGGAAGAUUGCUACGCCAGACACCGGUUCUCCCGAGAACUCGCAGUCUGGCGGCAAGACGACGGCUUUCAUGGUCAGUGAGUGUCCAUCAGAACUGAUGGGUGCCAUCCCUUCGCGAUCGAGGAACUCCUCGACCGGGGGUCAGCGCUCUGCUGGCCGGGCUAUGCCUCUCGCCAUGCAAUCUGUAGCUACGGUUCGCAAGCGCAAGAACCGAAGUGCUCAGGGCUCCAUUGACCAUGGCCCGGCCAAGCCACUUCAGAUUGUCCAGGAAGAUGGACAAGGUGGCUCUAUCGCAUCUGCAGAUUUCGUUUCUCCCCCGAGGGGUGCUCGUCGCAAGGGCCCCCUGAGCAUGGUUGGCAGAGCAAAUGCUGGUCUACGCCGCAAGAACAAGGAUACUUGUGUUCAAUGUCGGUUAAACAAGCGCAAGUGUGACGGAAGCGCCCCUUGCGACGCCUGCCGUCCCACGCUGCAUGAACAGCCGUGUGCUCGUGCGUGUUUCUCCAGCAUUGUUGAAUUUGGAACUUGCAAUUAUAUCUCCCAACGAGCUAUCAAUCAUCCUGCCUUGGAUGGAAGUGGCCGAGUCCGCAUGGAAAUUCCAUCCGAGUUUGACAUGAGCCAGCUUUUGUCAUUCCUGGGUGAGCGCCAGGGGCGGUUCAACAUCCGCGCCAGUCAGGCUUGGGGUUCUCUGUAUGUUCUUGAUCUCGGAGAGACAUACAGAUUCCUCAAAGGUCUGAGCGAGUAUAACGGGAACUCGAAGUCAACCUUCCUUGAGUUCAUCGACCGCCGGAUCGUCGAGUCGAAAGACAAAUCUAAAAACUGGCUGUCCUGCGUCAAGGAAUGUGACCCAAUCAAUCAAGCCUACAAUUUGCUUUCCCAAUGGAACAACAUGCCUAGUCGUGCGAAAUACACAAUCGUUCCGCUCGAUGACAACGGCCAAGAACGGGACAUGGAUAUCAACAACCCCGACGAUCGACGAGACAUUCUCCUGGCUGCACAGCUAUCCCGCAUCGUAUGCCGCAUGCUUGAAGUCGAAGGCUUCCGCAAGCUGGAACGUGACUUCUACAACAUCAAAUGGAAGCAAAUUUCCCACGAAACCCACAUCCGCUUCCUGGGCGAAUUAGGUCACAUCCUCCUGACCCUCCGUUGGCGUUGCGCUUGGUGGAAGCGACUGGGUGAUGGUGGCCAAAGCCCCGAUCCUAGCCAGCAACACUAUGUCGACCGUGUCGAAUUGCUUUGCCGAAUCUUGUAUGUCUACUACACCUGCGUUCUGGCGAAGUUGCCCUCGUGGUCUACAGCCGAUGUGCCCAAGGGCAUUUGGUCCUCGUACGCAGACUCCGAGUGCGCAGUGUGGGACGACUUCCCAUCCGACUCAACUGACCAGGGCUUCCUGAACUGGAUGGCCCAUGGCGUCGACUUGAUUGAGCAAUCCGGCGUUCCCAGCAAGGUCUCCAAGCAUUAA